GUUGUGUUUUUGUAUGAGCUGCUGAAUGCGACCCUGGCAUUAUAAACAGCGUCUGGAUCAGCAAUUAAAAAGACGGAUCGAUGAUCAGAAAUGUGGCACGAAACAACACGGCCUUAAAAUUACAAUACAGCCGCCUGGACGAGAAACGAGUUUAUCUGAGGUAUGGCCUCCCAGUUGCAGGUGUUCUCCCCUCCAUCCGUGUCAUCGAGUGCCUUCUGCCGCGUGAAGAAGCUGAAAGUGGAGAGCUGUGCCUGGGAUGUGACGGGACAGGCAGGGGAGAGCAAGUACUACCAGGCCAGCAGCAGCCAGGCCAGCCACUCCUCCUCUACUGCCAGCCAAGCCGCCAGCUUCAACCCAGCUGCCUACGGCACGGCCGGCCUGCUCCUGCCCCCUGCCGGCGGCUCCCGGACCCACAUCGUGGUGCGAGCGGCGGACAGCACCGGCAGCCUGCCAGGUCCGAUGAGCCGCCGCGCCUCCGACCUGGCCCUCCUGGACCCCUACCAGAAGUAUGGGCUGAAGCGCAAGAGCGAGGAGGUGGACAGCAGCGGCAGCGUGCAGAUCCUGGAGGAGCGGCCGGCCCCCAUGCAGCCCAAUAGGACAGGGAUGGGCGCGGUGACCACCACCCAGACAAUCACCCAUUCCACCUCCACCACCAAGAGCAGCAGCUCCAAUAGCGAAGGAGACUACCAGCUGGUGCAGCACGAGAUCCUGUGCUCUGUGACCAACAGCUACGAGGUGCUCGAGUUCCUGGGCAGGGGAACGUUUGGGCAGGUGGCCAAGUGCUGGAAGAGAGGAACCAAUGAGAUUGUGGCCAUUAAGAUCCUCAAGAACCACCCUUCCUAUGCACGGCAGGGCCAGAUAGAGGUGAGCAUCCUGAGCCGUCUGAGCUCUGAGAACGCUGAUGAGUUCAACUUCGUGCGCUCCUACGAGUGCUUCCAGCACAAGAACCACACGUGCCUGGUGUUCGAGAUGCUGGAGCAGAACCUGUACGACUUCCUGAAGCAGAGCAAGUUCAGCCCGCUGCCGCUGCAGUCCAUCCGGCCCAUCCUGCAGCAGGUGGGCACGGCCCUGAUGAAGCUCAAGAGCCUGGGGCUGAUCCACGCCGACCUCAAGCCGGAGAACAUCAUGCUGGUGGACCCUCAGAGACAGCCCUACCGGGUCAAGGUCAUUGACUUCGGCUCGGCCAGCCACGUCUCCAAGGCAGUCUGCUCCACCUACCUGCAGUCCCGCUACUACCGAGCGCCGGAGAUUAUUCUGGGGCUCCCUUUCUGUGAGGCGAUUGACAUGUGGUCGCUGGGCUGUGUCAUCGCAGAGCUGUUCUUGGGGUGGCCCCUGUACCCUGGUGCUUCAGAGUACGACCAGAUUCGCUAUAUCUCACAAACUCAGGGGCUGCCGGCAGAGUAUCUGCUCAGCGCAGGGACCAAAACCAGCCGCUUCUUCAACAGAGACACCGGCUCGAGCUACCCGCUCUGGAGACUGAAGACUCCAGCUGAGCACGAAGGGGAGAUGGCUAUCAAGUCGAAGGAAGCGCGGAAGUACAUUUUCAAUUGUCUGGAUGAUAUGGUGCAGGUGAACAUGCCCACUGAUUUAGAAGGCACUGAUAUGUUGGCCGAGAAGGCAGAUCGGAGGGAGUUCAUUGAUUUGCUGAAGAAGAUGCUGACGAUAGACGCUGAUAAAAGGAUCACGCCCCUGAAGACCCUGAACCACCCCUUCGUCACCAUGACUCACCUGCUCGACUUCCCCCACAGCUCCCAUGUCAAGUCGUGCUUUCAGAACAUGGAGAUCUGCAAGUGGCGGGGCAGCGUGUACGACAGCGGGAAGAGCCCGUUCACCACUCACACCACGCCCAGCUCAGGAACCAACCUCACAGUAACAUUCAGCAACCUGCUGAACACGGUGCAGCACAGCCAGGUGGGGUCCCUGGUGUCUGGCUCGUCGGGAGCCCCCUCUCUCUCACUGGCCAAUGCUGACAUGUCGCUGCUGAACUACCAGCCCACUCUGUACCCACCAGCUACAGUAAACAUCCCGGGCAUCGCCCAGCAGGGCGUGCCUCUGCAGGCCCCCCAGCUCUGCGCCCAGCCAGAGCCCUUCCAGCAGACACUCAUUGUCUGCCCCCCAGCCUUCCAGGGACUCCAGGCUUCAGCUAAGCAUUCUGGUUUCCCAGUGAGGAUGGACAACACUGUGCCCCUGGUUCCUCAGACCCAGUCUGGCCAGUCUCUGCAGCUCCAGCCCGGGGUGCUCACACAGGGCACCUGUACUCCUCUGAUGGUGGCCACCCUGCACCCUCACGUUGCCACGAUAGCGCCGCAGUACGCAGUCCCCGUGGCGCUGAAUUGCACAGCGGGCAGGCCGGCCCUGCUAGAGCAGACCGCCACCGUCCUGCAGGGCGUGCGGGGGUUUGCUGCUCGUUGUUAUGGUAACAGGAUCCCAGAGGGCCACUGCAGAGCUGAUAUGGACCGCCUCCAGAGGGGUUUUGGGGCUCAGGCCUGGCCCGCGGGGACCCAGCAGAUCCUCCUGCCCUCCACGUGGCAGCAGCUGCCCGGCGUGGCCCUCCACGGCUCCGUUCAGCCAGCCGCAGCGGUCAUCCCAGAGUCCUCUCUGGGCUCUGUCCUCCCAGAGAGCAUGGGCUCCGACUGGAGAAGCUCCCAUGGUGGGCAGUACAGUGGCGUGAUGCAGCAGCCGUCUCUGCUAGCUGGUCACGUGACCCUGGCAGCGCAGCCUCUCAACGUGGGCGUGGCUCACAUGGUCCGGCCGCAGCAGGGCGGAUCUUCGGGGAAGAGGGCCAAAGCUCGUCAAGCAGAAGAACGUGGCAGGACAAUGACCUUGCUGGACCCCGUCCCCUCCCUGGUGCAGCACAGCCCCCUGCUGGCCACGCCGCCCUACAACGCCAUGCUCUCCCAGCCAAUCAUCAUCCCAGACACGCCCAGCCCCGCCGUCAGCGUCAUCACCAUCCGCAGCGACACAGAGGACGAGGAUGACAGCAAGCACAGCCUGGCUGGCUCUGCUAUGAAGCAGCGCCCCAACGUCAUCAGCUGUGUGACCGUGCACGACUCCCCCGACUCGGACUCCUCCUCCACCAGCAGCCCCUUCCCCUCGGAGCGCCUGCCCAGCUUCAGAGAUGCCUCGGCAAACCCGGCUCAGUCCCGCACCAUCAUCGUCCCCUCCAUCAAGACCCAGAUUGGGGAGGGCCUGGCCACCAGCGCCGCCCUAGUGUCAGGAUACCUUUCCAGCGUGUACAGCAAGGGGAAGAAUCCCUCAUCCACUAACAUGUUGCAGACCAGCACAACAGGGACCUCCAGCAGCUAUCGGCACCAGCGAGCAGCACACAGCGGGACACAGCCCCUCAACCUCAGCCAGGUGCAGCCGCAGAUGUCCCAGGAGCGUGUUGGAAACGGCUCCUCCCGCAGGCAGCAGGCGUACAUUGCAGCGCCGUUGCCCUCCCAGGGACAGUACUGCCUCCAGCAGACCCCACCUCACAGCUCCAGCCUGCCCCACUUCAGCGCUGCAGCCUCCCACCUGAGCAGCCAGCCUCACAUCUACACCUACGCCCCCUCGGCCACGCUGGCUCCCGGUCCCUCCAUGGCACACCUGCUGGCCACCUCGCAGGGCUCCUCACGCCACGCUGCCACCUUCGCUCACCACCCCGCCGGCCUGGUCCACCAGGUGCCAGUCAGCAUGGGCCACGGCCUCCUGGCCACCGCCAGCAUGCCAGCGGCGCAGUACCAGCACCAGUUUGCAGCUCAGCCGUACAUCAGCACCUCCCGAGCCACUGCUGUUUACAGCGGCUACCCGCUCAGCCCCACCAAGUUCUCUUACCUGUGAAAGGGGAGUGGUGGUGGAGGGAGCCCCUGGUCUUGGGUGAGACAGUUGGCGACCCUCAUAUACCUGUAACCAUGGAGAUCAAACACCUAGGCUACCGAAUUGAGCCAUUUCCCUUGGCUGGAAGGAGGAUUGGAUGGGCAUGGAAGGAAGGCAGUCCUUGAUUUUUAGCUCGCCCCUAAUGCAGGGUGGGAGGGAGGGGGUGGUCAGUAGUCAGUAAAUAAAGACCAGAGAAACGCCUAGAAAAUUCCCUUGUAUGAAAAGACUGGGGACUGUGAAAAGGAGACCCCUAAUCCUGGUGACUUUGCUUCGGAUUAAAGAAUAAGGUGGCAAGAGUGAGGUGGACCAGCUGCUCUCUAUGUAAGUCUGUCUGCUACAGAGAUGCAACACACCAAUUUGGAAUAGGAUGUGGGGGGUUGCCCUGCUAAGACCGAGGCUUGAUCGGUCACCGCUGCUGACAGCGAUGGAUUCUCCCCCCUCUACUCACACAGCAGAGGGACUGUGCACACUCUCCUUAGUAACAGGGCUGUUAAACUCCCUCUGCACCCCGCUGUGGAAUCCUGUGAUGGUGAGGGAGUACAGGGAUAGAAAUUUUUAUUUUUGUUUUUAAAUUCUAACUCAAAUAUUUAGAAUGAAUCUUUUAUAAAUGUGUACCUUUUUAAUCCAAAUUUUUUUUUUUUUUUAAGCAAUUGCAGGCUAUAAAAAAGAAGCUUUUGAAAAGAGGCGUAAGGAGGCUGUUUCACUCCUUCCUGUUCCUAGUGCUGCUUGAGUGGUAUUAGACUCUGUGGUUUGACAGCGAGGUUGUGCUGUUAAUCUAUUUUAAUUAAGCAAUAGUCCCCACUGCUGGGGAUAAAAAGAACCCCCUUUGCAGUUUUUGCCAACAGGAAUCUGGAAUUGAGUUUUCUAAACUGACAGGAUAGAUAUUAUUAUUGUUAGUGCAAUGCGUUUGUCGAUGUGCUUCACCGUUCAUUACACAGGUACAGCAAUGCAUGUGAUUGUUUCAGUGUUUUUAGUUUGCUCUUCGAUCCUCUGUGAAGAGUUAUUGUUGCUGCUGCAGGGGUGUGUGUGUAUGUGACAGGCUGAAUUACCCGACAGGACGCUAUUAGCCUCUUCACGACUGGAGUAGUUAGCUUCAGUACUGCCAGUGCCACACCUGACUCGCAGAAGGACUAUGAACAUACUCUACCGUGACGAUCUGCGCUGGCGUUCUCUUUUAAAAGAGCCACGUCGUUCCGUACAGACCCAUGCUUGUGCUUCAAGGGCACCGUGUUUUAUUUUGAUCUCUUUUGUUUAGAUGACCUCCACUGAUUCUGAGGUGUUUAGCCGUUCCCAUCAGUGUUCCAGCUGAAACGGGGAGCCACUCCGGCUGUAAAUGGUGUUUUUGUUCAGUUUUUUGCUUCAUUAGUUCAUUUCAAUUUUAUUAUGUGGUGUUUGCUAAGCCUUGAGCACUCUUUUGCUAAUGUAGUGUUAAAGCUGCAUUGUAUUUACGCAAAAUUUGUAAUUAUUAUUUUUUUUGGCACAAUAUCUGAAAUUCCACUGUAAAUGUUAGCUAAGAAUGUGUUUAUAAAGGUGGCUUUGUCACUCAAUAACACAUUCCCUGUAAUAUGAUGAAGCAUGCAUUAGUGUGGCAUGGGCUGAGGUGAUGCCAAGACCUACCGCUUGGUGCACGUUCCCAAGAACACUUCCUUUCCCGUGUCAGAAGCGAAAGGGUUCCGUUUUAAGUUGGUCUGGUUUCCUGGUCUUGGGGAAAGUCAAGUUGUUUUAUAGAACAGAGGUGGCCGGUUUUGAAAUGUACAGCUUUUGCUUUGUAGCUGGCCUGGGUUUAACACAAAGUUAUUUCAAAAGAAAGAAAAAGCAAGCCUACAAACGGGGUCGACAGAUUUUAUUUAGUUCCCUUUCAUGUUACUUUUAAUGGAAGCCAAAAAGAAAUCGGAGCAGCCUAGUUCUGUUUCAAACCGCGUGCAGAUGGCCCUGCAGUGUCUCUUGAAUGCCGGGAGAGCUUGUCGUUUCGGGAUGUGUUUCUGCACGGAGAAAGCAAGGCAUCGCUGGCCUGGGGAGUCCACAUGUUGGCUGCCUUGUUGAGAUCUGUUGCUAAAGGUUUGAGCGGUUGGACCGGUUCUCAAUCUUGCAGUCCAGUAAUAAGCUCCUCACGAGCCUCUCCAUCUCUAAUCGACUGUCUCCUGGAAUAUAUGAUUUAGGCACAUCUCAACAGGGUAGGUAUCAAGAACAGGACUGGGACCCCACCGAGCCGCUCCGGUUCCCUUCCACCUCUCCAACCCCAUCCCCCAGGCCCUCUGUGAGAUGGCUACUGCUUUGGGCUGCAGUGGAGUGCGGUUACUGUCCUCGUGUCUUGCAAGGCGCCGGUCCGCUCAGCCACCAGGAUUGUGUACAGCAGGUAACCAGAGGGAGUGAGAUUGCAUGGGUACGUUACUGGCUGGGUAGGAGGCUGGAGAAUUGAUCUGGGGUUAGUGUGUGGUGAAUCACUUUGCUGUUUUGAACAGUUUGGUUGAAAGAGGUUCCAAACGUCUUUAAAGACGAGGGCACACCUCUGUGUUGAGCCAUUCUGGGUUGGUUGGAGACCACGGUCGAGUGUUUUUGAUUUGCAGAGGGGGUGGGGGUGGAGAGGAUGCCUGCUUUUUCUGUUGUUUCUGCUCUACAGUUCUCUGAGAUGCUCAGGUUUGUGAGCGCUUCAGUGACUGUACCUCAGUUUAAUUCCCUGACGGUACACCUCUGUCACGGUAAUCUUCAUCUGUUAGUCCCCCUGUGCUUUCUUUACUGGACAAUGAACCCUGAGCGAGGAGAGCACUGGGGCACUAAUACAAGAGGACCAGCUUAGAGGAAAGGGCUGGCUCAAUAGUGAUAGACCUUUUUAAAAUGAGCACUGGCCCAGUUUGGAGAGUUUUCCUCAUAGUGCCUUACUUAGCAUUGUCCGACAUGCUGAGCUAACUGUGUGGUAAAUUGAAAAGGUCCUGUAAGUCUCUCGUCCUUUUUCAAAGGUGUUCACGGAGAAGAGGAGAGAAAUAGAGAAGCAGAAUCUUUCUCUCUUGCGUGUUGGAUUUAAAAAUCAAUCGGUCAGUAAAAGUAGGGUUUGUACAGCCAGCUCCUGUUGUUGCUGUUUCUGCUUCACUUGCACACGUUCUGCUUUUAGACUGUUUUAGGAAGGGUGUGGUAUAGCCAGCCUGCCUUUUCUUUAAUUGGCAUUUGUUUUGGUUUUUUUAGAACAUAGUAUUGUAAGUGAUAUUUAGAUCGAUAACUAAUUUAAAACAUACUUUUUUUUGUGGUUACUGUAUGCUUAGUUAUCCGCGUCCGAGUUAGCAGAAGGAUUGCAGCCCUUCCCCAGUUCGCGGGAAUUCAUUUUAAACUUUGGUUAGGUCUGUGUAUCGAGUCUUCGUUAAACGUUCACGUGUACAAUUGAAAUUAAAUUCCCAAAGUGACUGUACUUGUGUUGAACUGAUAUAAGCAGUUUUUAUUUGAAUGCUCCUGUUUAAAUGCACAGUACACAUAGAUUUGUAUAUGGUGAAUCACGCUGCAUGUCACGCCUCAUGUACUGUUGUUAUCAGCAUGUUUCAUUGCAGAUCUUCCCUCUUCAUAGCCGUCUUUGUGAGAAUAUUAUACUUCGUUUGGGAGCCUUCUGCAGUUUGGUGCACCAAAUAUAUUCUUGAAAACGUGUAUUUUUACAUUUGUAUUUUCAGAUCUGAAUUUCAGGCCACUGGUAUUUCUGUGCAUCAGAAACAAGUGCAGGUUUCAGUGUGAUGAAUAUUCGUGAACUUGCUGGAAAAACAAAAGUAAAUAAUCCCUAUUUUGGAACGCGGGAUGAUGCUGUAUAAUUUCGACAGGCUGCCCUGUUACUGAGUACAUGAGCCCUCUGAAAAUCUGGUUCAGCCACAACGAGGAUGUGAACUUGGUUCUCUUACUCUGCAAGGUAGUGUUAGUGCUGGGAUGAUGUUCUGUGUUCAGAUAUUCUUUCACUUUGAAUUAGCAGGUAAACAAGUAGAAUUCGUACCGUAUUACAGUAUAAUAGUAAUAGCAGUAAUCCUCAUCUCCCUGCAGUUCAAGUAAGCAGAGGUGCACUCUUCUGUACAGUAGAAUGUGUGAUUUCUUAUUUCGUCGUUUCUGUGUUGGUGUGCUUUGCAGACAGUCGCUGUAAUAUGAAGGAAUACAUUGAUAUGUGCUUCCUGUUGUUCAUUUCCUGCAGUGCUUGUUUGCAUAGUCUAGUGUUUGUUGUCCCAGCACGGGUUAAUAUCAGGAACGUCGAGCUCGGCUAACGCCUUCGCCCCGGUGUUACUAAGGGCUUUCCCACUCUGUACAGUCUCGGUGUACACUCCCUGAUGAAGUUGUUUAAUAAAUGUCAUGUUUGGUCUCCGUUCCCUUUCUUGUAGAAGUGUGAGCAGCCCUGCUUUGUGUGCAUGUGUAACGGCUCAGUGCCUUGUAAUGUGCUGUCGCUUUGUUUUGAACAUUGGGGAUAUUUAGGAUGUUGCAUUCCAGUUUUAAAUAAAAAGAUUUUAAAUUUGUUAAGUGUUGAAUUGCACAAGAAAACUGUUUAUCUGCCUCCACUGCUGUGUGUGUGUGAGUGUUCCUAUUAAUGUAAAAUUUUUGAAAUAUUUUUGCUACACUAAUGUAAGGAAUUAACCUUUUUGAUAUGGUGUGAUUUCUUUCUUUCCCCCUGUAGACAUGUAGGCGGCUUUUAAUUAUCCUGUUCAUUUUUAGUAUUGCAAAUGUACUUGGGGUGAUUGUUAAAUUUUACAUAAUUAAAAAAAAAAAAAAACUAGUUAUUUAACAAAAUACUAACUGUAUGUUUUAAUUAGAGUGGGGUCUGGUUGGAAAUAUUCGUCUUUUCAUCUCGUUGUUUUAAGUCUUUGGUUUUACAAAGUAGUGUGUGUUCUUCUGUGUUUGGUACUUGGCUCUUAACGACUGUAACAGCGAGUCACAAAUAAAUGGGCUACUGUUCUGUAA